CGGUUUCUCAAGUGCAUUCAGUGUGGUGUGUGAGGCGAACUCUGCAAGAUCGCUGGCCGUCUGUUGAUGGAAGCUUGGCGUUACAGUGCGUUAAACACGCAGUUCUGUAACUUGCAACAGAAGCUGUUGUCGACGAUGCAAACCUCAAAGUAAGUGAAUUCAAUUGAAGGGAGAAGUUUGAGGGAAAAUACGAAAACUUCAGCGCGCAAAUCCAGACUCGCCGCUCGCGUUUCUCGGCACGUAACGGCUUCGACUAUGUACACACACUUAAACACGCUGUUGGUUUCAAAAUAAUUUGUAUAUCUUUUCAAGAGGAGAUUGUUGCCGUGUUUUUCAACAGAUAUCAAUCGUAGUUUAGUUGUAGGGUAGUGUUAAGUCGCAAUGAAAGUCUUUCCAAAACUGAAAAUGAAUUAAGAGUUCAAAGAGCCCUUUUGGCGGUGAUUAAAUUUCGCGCAACGGUACACGUUUAUAGACUAUCGCGAAUCAUGUUAGUUCUCUGUUCUCCCCGAAAAACUGCACCACGAAUUAUUAUCACAGUUGCAGCUUUUUUGAGUUAAAUGCUCGGCAUGUAUUGGCCGAGCUGUGAUUGUUUCCUCUUUGCUUCAGAUGUGAGAAACCAAAAUUUUAUAUCCAGAAAGUGAAAUAUGAGACUCAAGCUUUGUUUGAUUUCCACAGCAGGGGAGGGGUUGGGAUGGAAAUUCGUGUGCAACCCCUCCCCGCUCAUCCUAUUAAACCACCAUCUCUCAUGAAGUCACCACUUUUUAGUAUCAAAUGACAGUUUGAGAAUUUUCCAUUGUUUUUUACCGUUUUUUUAAGUGACUAGACCCCUUGGUGCAAGGUUUGAUCUCCUGUGGGGGAGGGGGGGGGGGUAUUCUCUCAUAUGGCCUAUACAGGGAUAUGCUGCUGGUCAGUAGGCCUAUCCCAAUUAUUGUGCUCAGCAACUUUAGAUCAACUUUUGGUAUUAGGAGCAACUUUUUGUGGUUCUAGCAACCUUUGCCUGCGUGAAGACGUCUCCUAUUUCCUUUGUUGCAUGCGGAAAAGGGAACGUCCCUUUUCCGCGUGCAACAAAGGAAAUAGGAGACAUCUGCACGCAAGCAAUAACAACCUCAACCUCAAGCAAUUUUUGAACAAAAUAUCGGUUUAGAGCACAUAUCAAGCAUGAAAAAGUCAACCAUUUCACAGGAAACUUCAAUUUAUGGGAAUUUCUUAAAUGUCAAGAGAGGAUUGUCUUCUCUGGUAAAUAUGUAGCAAUCUUUUGAACAAACACAAUCUCUCACUUGUCCAAGUUUAGCAGGCCUAAAAGGACAAUUAUUGUCGUAUGAAUAAUAAUUUUAUAAUAUUAGUAUGCCUAAAUUUUUAGCCCAUAUUUGCAAGUGAUACUUUAAAGGUUGGUUUUAAGCUAAAUUUCUUGACCAAUAUUAGCAAUAAAUUGUGAAGAAAGAAAAAUAAAACUUUAAAUUGAUGUUUACUUAAUAAUAUCCAGAAAUUUCAGUAGCAACUUUUUAACUUUUUGGCAUUCUAGUUAGCAACUUUCCAGCAUUUUACGAGCAUAAUCGGGACAGACUAUUGAUCAGGGUAUAGUUUUUACCUCUCUAUCCUAAACAGGACACAUAAUUUCAUAUGUGUCUGUCCUAAAUAGGGUAUGUAAUUAGUGUGAGUCUGUGAAGAGGGUAUUGCCGCACAAUUGAUUUGAUUUGCUAGAUGAAUUUUGUUUGUACUCCAAGUAUACACAAGUAUACAAAAGCAAUGACUAUAACAUAAAUUCGCUCUAUUGCAAUUGCCAGUAAAUGGCUUGGGAACAAGACGGUGUGCAUUUUGUCCUUUAUGUCCUAAACAGGGUACUAAAAUAAUAAUAUUUUAUUCAACCAAUGUUUCGGUAUAGGUGAGCCGUUGAGGGUUCGAAACCCUGACCCUGUUUAGGGCAACACCCUCAUUAUCAUUGAGGGUGUAAUCUGUGAAAGGUUUGACUCAGUGUUUUGUCUUAUUACAGGUUUAGAUAAUAGGCUUUAGCAACAGAACAGGAACAUCAGUUGACGACAGGAAAAUGUGCGGAAAGGACCAAACACAACUUCCAGUGCCCAAUUUGCUGCUCUGCCAUUGGUCAAGCCAGUUGUUUGAUUUGCAUGCAUUGUCGUCAACUGACAUUCGCACUCUGUUGCUAAAUCAGCUUAAUUUAUAUUGUAAUGACUGCCACAGUUUUAUUAAUUUUAUAUUGUUCUUUACCAGGGAUCUCAAUUCAGCUAGUGGCGAGCCAAUGGACAGUGAUUUUCACAAUAACAAUGCAACAAAUUGUAAGUCUGGUGUUAAGCGAAGAGCAGUGGAUGAUAUACAAAACAACAUUUCUCAGGUGAUUGAGUCUGUUAUUGCAACCUCUGUUAAUCUUGUUGUUUUGAUUUUCUCAUGUUUCUCUUUUGAGCACAAAUUUAAUGAUGAGUCAAAAUAAUUUCCAAAAUCAGUAGAUUGUGAAGGAAUUGGUUUAUGUUUCAGGUCAAAAUUAUAUUCAGGUUAAACUUUUUUAACCUAGGUUGAUUCUCAAUUUCCUUUGCCUCCUAGCCCUGAUGGAUUCAUGAAUAGUUGGGCUAGGAGACAAAGGAAAGAAUAAUAAUUAUUGUUAAUCAACUUAGGUUAAAGAAUAAUUUUUUUUAACCUGAAUUUAAUUGUGACCUGUUACAUGUAUUCUUGUAAUUGCCAACUUAUCAAAAAUCAACUUUUCAGCUCAAAUAGUAUUAUCUACUUCAAAAUUAAAAUGAAUAAAUAUAAGAUGUUCAUACAAUCAUGUAACUAACUGGUUUUAAAUGGUAAGAAUUCAAAAAUUUAGUAUAAAAACAAGUAAGCAACCAAAUGUAAAUAUUUUAACAAACUAUCCACUAUUGAAAGGUACUGAUAAAUCCCUUGUACACAACUUGUAAUUAGAAUUCAAAAAUUUAAUUUAAAAACAAGUAAGCAAGGUUACCAAAUGUGAGUAUUUCAACAAACUCUCCAACAUUAAAGGUACUGCUUAAUCCCUGUACACAUCUUGUAAAACUAUUAAAAGUACUGGAUUGUAGAAUCCCAGUUUCUUAACUUUCCAAUAAUUGAAACCAAGUGGCCUACCUUCUCCAGUCAAAUGCUAUAAUCUUACUUGCCAUUUUUUGUUGUUUGAAUCCUCUUUAUAACUUGAACCAAUUUCCUUUUCCUCAGGGAGUUUUGAAUAGUAGGGAUUACAAUAUAAAUAUAUCAAAAAAACAAGUUUAAUUUGAUGGCGCUCAGCCAGUGUCUUCAUGAUUGUACCACAAGCAGAAUUUUUUUAAUGAGUUUUAAUCUUGUGGAUAAAUAAGAAAUAAAUCCAUAUGCUGUUUUCCCAAUAAAGAAAUAAAAACUCUCAACACAACUGAGACCAACAAGCUAACAACAUUUUUUCCAAACUCUUAAAAUUUCAGAAGAAACAAGCUGUGAACAUGAUGUAUUGAAGAAGAAGCUGUUUGACAAACCAACAACAAGAACAUCAUAAAUACAUGUACUUGCCAUUUUGUAAACUUUUUUAACUAAAAUGCUAUCCUUUUCAUACUAAUAAAAUGUGUUGAAUGAUCUAUGCUAAAUCUGUAACAUAGGGAACUUGAAUUUAGAUUUUAACAUAUAACAUUUUGUAUGUACCUUUGGCAAGUCUUGUGUAUAUAAAUGACUUAUAAUGUUAAACAUUAAUUAAAUUUAAACCGUAUGAAACUAGGCUUAGCUCAAAAAAUAAAUAUAGGUUUUCCAUUUGCCAUUUUGUUGCUUUUUUAUGAUUAAUAUAUUUAAAAAAUUGUCCAACAUUUUAUUUUUUCAGCAGACAUUUUAUAAUUAAGCUACAUGUAGGCUUUAACAGUCAGUUUCUAUUUAAGAACACCAAUUUUAGAACUGACUUCUAGUGUAGGAAAAAUUUCAGUCUUAUUUACAUGUUGUACUUGAGAUUAUUUUAUUUCCACAUAGACUGGUCAGAUACUUUAAUAUAUUGUUUUUCUUUGUCUUGAAAUUCAAGCGAUUUGUAAGAUAUCUAUUUAUCUAAAGUGUUUUAAACUGAAACAAAUCAGCUUGUGUAUUUGUUUUUUUACUUCAGUGUGGUAUAUGUAAUAAAAGUUAAUAAAUUCAUUUUUAUUUUUAACUGAAAUUCAAGUUUGCAUUUUUUUUUUACUUUCUUUUUGUAAUACUCUGUCCCAGACUAAGGAAACUGUUUAAAAACAGUACCCCUUCACAAAGGCAGUUUUUUUUAACCCUUGUGUAUGUAGUGGAUAGAACCCUUCCCCACCCCGUCACUUGUCUUGCACAGUGUGUAUGGCCUCAUCACCAAAUUCUUGCUAUGACUUGUAUUAAUACUGGAUGUAUACCCAUCACUCACAGAGUUGAUUGCAAAGACAAGCAGUGUAAUUUUAAUAAAAAUGAGGGUGGACAGAGACAAAUAAAACCCCUUCAGCAGCAUUUUUAUAGGGUUCAAUGUAUUUUCCAACAUUUUGCAAAAAGGGAAAUUUGGGACCUGUUGCGAAUUUGAUAUUUUGUAUGUGUAAGGGUUUUAACAGCAACAAUGUAUAAUGCUGUUUUUAGGAGAAAAUUGGAAAGUUAGAUGAAAACUCCUUGUGGUCCAAUGAUUUCUGCCUGAAAUUAGAUGUGUACACACAGACAGAGGCCUCAUAUGUAAAAGAAAGUUGCUCCAAGUCUUUGGUAAGUCCUUUUGUCUACCAUAAAUCUUCCACUUUCUUCUGUCCCCAAGGUGACCAUUUUGGAGAGGCUCAGCUGUAUAAAGGGUAUGUUUUGCCCCAUCAACCCUGCCUCUAUGAUUGUCUAGUACCCUUAAUCUAUGGUACAUGUAGGGCGAACAACUUAUACUUGCAGCUGCUUCUUACUGCUAAAACUGAGUAAUAUGCUUGCUUUGAUUUUUUUUACUCAUUAAUUCUUUUCCUAAAGAAUAAUUUUGUAGUAAUAGUCAUGACACUGAAAACCAAAUUUAUAUUUCUCUUCUUCAGUCUUUUGUUAGUGACAUAGUUCAAGCAAAUGGCAGAAAGCUUGAAAAGAUUGAAAAGUUUUUGGAGACGCUUGAGUGCAAGAUUGACAGUUUUCUUAUGGCAAGUGAUCCAGGAAGUGAAAUCUUUACACCUAACAAAAAGAAAACAGAUUUGGUAAGCAUAUUUUUUAGGUAAGUUUAUUCAUCUGAGAGAAGAGGGUAAGAGAAAUGAUAGAGAUGUUACAGGGGAUUUCCCCCGGCUACAAUGAGCAUGACCUGGAAAGUAGCACGAAAUUCAGGGGCGGAUCCAGGAUUUUUUUCAGGAGGGGGUGCACUCGUCUCUUGCUCUACUUCAACACCAAUAACCCACAUUUUUUUUUGGCAGAAUACCAGUUGUAUUAGAAAACCAAAGGUCAUCUCAGGGGGGGGGGGGGGGGCCGCCCCCCCGCCCCCCCCCCCCAAAACCCCCCCCGAAAUUUUUCUUCACACCUCCUCAAUCCCCCCACCUCUUGUUUCUAUCACAGUGCCACUUAAAAUUUUGAAUAACCCCCCAAAUGGUGAUUAAGAUACACCUCUUGAGCUGCAUAAAUAGAUUGCUGUAAUUUAUAGAAAAGAAAAAGAGAGUAGAGCUGGCCGCCGCCCCACAGACAAAGAAGGGGAAGAAAAGAAGACAGGAAGAAGGGGGGGGGGGUGAUUUUUUUUUUUGUGGGGGGGGGGGUCUCCUCUUCUUCUCAUCCCCACACAACCCUCUACUCUUUUUUUUUUUUUAAAAAAAGAUAAAAAAAAAAAAAAAAAAACGGGGGGGGGGGGGGGGGGGGGGGGGGGGGUGCGCACCCCCUGCACCCUCCCCCUAGAUCCGCCCCUGAAAUUUACUUCCAAGCUGCUCAAUUCCCCUACCUACUUGUUUCAUAUACAUGGCACAUUAAAAUCUUAGUGACAGCCCUAAGGUUGUGAAUAGGACAACUUUUCAGUUAGUCAAAGAUAGGAUUCUAAUGUUUAAAUGUAAGUUGACUCUUCAAAACCUCUACUUUCCUAAUGCAAGCUAGAGGAAAUGUGAUGAACAAUGGACAAAACAAGUACAGUUGCCCGGUUAAAUUGUGAGAUCGUGAGUUGAAUGCCCAAACCGGGAGUGUCACGGUCAAACCGUGAGAGCAGGAAGGGCUGCAAACUCUGGUUUGUUACUGACAAUAACUUUGAAUGGUUUUUCAGAUGUCCUUGAGACACCCAAUUGCACCAGAGGCAGACAGUGGGAUGACUGUGCCCACAGGCAUCGUGAUAUCACCAAAUAAAAUUGGUGGAAGCCCCAGGGAUACCAAUGUUCCAGCUCUUGCAGACAGCACCAAAUCACCUAACACCUGUCUUUCGCCUAGCCUGAAUCCCUUUGCCUCUCGUGUAGAGACCUCAGAUGUUAACAGUACUGCUUACUGGAACCAGGGCUUUCAGCAAGGGCUAGAGGUAGCUACAAGACAGCUGCAACAAGUAUCACAGCCCAGACCUGUGAUGCCAUCCGGGCAAGUAGCGGAAACAGCUGCUAGACCUGUUGUCUUGGAAACAAAGUCGGAUUCACUCUCUAGAGGACUGGACAGAGAUGACUUAGUGGGUGAUUCUGAUCGCGUGGUGCCUGUUAUAAUAUCUUUAGGGGAUAAAAGCAAGAAAAGCGUCACAGCAGAAAUUCAAAUCCAGGAUAUAGCGAAUGGGGCUAUGUGCACGUUAGAAGGUAGGGGAGCCAAAAUAAGAGACGCAGCCCUCUCCUUUUCAAAGCGUAGGCCACGUUCCGGUGUGGUUAGAGCAGGUUCCAGUUUGUCCGUUAAUCAACUAAAAAUAAGCGAUAUAUAAUAGAGGAUUGUGAAUGUCUAUCUGUUGCAAAUUAGAUGCUUACAAAGACCGUUCCCUUAACGACCAGAUAAGCCUGUGUGGCAGGAGCGAAAUAGGGGAGGGGAAGGAAGGGUAGGGGAGGGGGAGAGUAGCCUUUAGAAAACAGCCUAUAUUUCGCGACGUCACCACUGGUUUCUGUGCGAAAUGACGUCUGAGAAAUGAGUGUAGUCAUUUCGAGGGAAAACUCGGGUUUUCAAUGAGAGCUGGUGGCCAGCGAAAUUUGCGGCUAUUUCACGUGAACUCGCUGCCUACUUUUCUUUGGAAAUUACCCCAGGUUGAAAUAAAGUAUUCGUGUGCUUUUAUUGAAUAAAAAAGCCAAAAUUUAAUGAUGUCUUUUUUCUGUUCAAACACUCUAAUUUUUGUUCCAUAAUGGUGAAAAUGCAUUCGGCUAAGAGGCCCAGAUUUCAAACUUUCCAGAAACUCGCGCCUCUGCGGCAAGUUUUUUCCUUCUCCACCUACUCCAAAGCUUUUGCCACCUACUUAAAAUCUUACAUCAUGAAACCACGGGCAUCACGAAAUGUCGGCUGUUUCCUUAGGCUAAGGGGAGAAAAGCAGGGCGAGGAAUCCCGGCAAUUCCCUCUACCUUUUCCCUCGUUUCCACACCCUUUCUACUGCCCAAGAGUGUUCUCAUCUCAGACGAGUGCUUCAAUUUAAUUAUCGAGCGCUUUGCGUUACGGGCUGCCAUCUUGCAUGAGUGUCAAACCCAUGUAAGAAAAAAAAAACAUCGAAUCUGUUUAAUUUAAAUUGUUUGUUUUGAGUAUAUGUAUUGGGACUUGAAUUGUCUCGAACGAGGUGACCUCAAUUUCCUUUUAUCAUUUGUUCACAGGGCUCCAACACGUUUCUUAUUCUCAAGGAUGUUGGCUUGGCGACAAGACAAACCCACAGUCCCGCGUGUGGUACUGUGGGGAUACAAAGAUGCUGAGUCGUGCCGAGGCUUCUGGUUCAAACCCGGCCAAACUUUCUCUCAAUCUCCUUGAAGCGUUGUUUAGUAGGGACGAGAUGGCUGCGUCAAAUAUUAACGGGGCACGUGGUCGAGAACUGCUUGAUCCAAUCAAAAUAAAGGGCAUUCAAGGUGAGUUUUGCAACCGGUGCUCGGCGGACUGCCCGGCGCGGGAAAAGGUGGGGUAGGGGUCAAGUGUGAAAAAAAGGAGGUUACAACCUUUCUAAUCACGAACUGUUUGAGCACAUGCAACAGGUGCCACGCAAGGGCAGCAAAACAUGGAUCAUUCCCAGACUAAGAAAACGUGAUCUUGGUAGGGCUGGGUCUGUCGAAUUAUGCCGUCAUAAUUUUGAGCAUAAAUGCUGUACAACUACUGUAUUGCAGUUCUGAAUAAACUGCAGGCUAAUUUUUGCAGCCAACGCCAGAUAGAAUGUAAUCUUCAGAGAAGUGUGCCCCGCGCUUUUUGGCAUACGGGUUAAUUAACAUGAAUGUUAAUUAUUUAAACAUCGCCUAUAUUGUUAUUUUUUUUCUUUCUAGUUCACAUCAACCAUAAGUUUCCAAUUGAGUCAGAUAAAGAAGAAAUGCGAUGGCGCUUCAUUAAACCCCGAAUUGACAGUAAAUGCCGGGCGCAGCGCAGGAUGCAACGGGAACAGCAAGCCAAGCUCGAUAAUUCCCUCCGGUUGGGUAGUUCCGAGCGGACUUACCGCGGCACUCGCCCACGUCUAGAUCCCAGGGAAAAAGACCAGCUGCUGUACGGUUACAGCAGAACACCCGACCUCGUGGUCAGGACUUCUGAGCCGGAAGCAGCCGUGGCUAGUCCGCAGGGGACUGGGAUGGAUGUCGAUGAAAGCCAGUUAAAUGGCGCGAACCACCUGGAGCAGUUGUCAGAGAAUGAAGCCAUUGUAGAGAUAAGUGGGAGUCCUGUGACCGUUGAAUGA